AUGGCUCCCACCAACCUUCCUACCAUUCCCGCCAUGAACCGUGACAAGCCUCUCUUCCCCACUGGCACCGCUGAGGGCGAGGCUACCGUCAUCUUCGUCCUCGGUGGUCCCGGUGCUGGCAAGGGCACUCAGUGCAGCAACAUUGUCCGCGACUACGGCUUCAAGCAUCUCUCUGCUGGUGAUUUGUUGCGCGAAGAGCAGGACCGUCAGGGUAGUGAUUUCGGCGACCUGAUCAAGGAAUACAUCCGUGACGGCAAGAUUGUCCCCAUGGAGGUCACCAUCCAAUUGCUCGAGAACGCCAUGCAGGCCACCAUCAAAAACGACGGCGUCAACAAAUUCCUCAUCGAUGGCUUCCCCCGCAAGAUGGACCAAGCCAUUCAAUUCGAAAAGUCUGUCUGCAAGAGCAACUUCACUCUCUUCUUUGAGUGCACCGAGAAGGUCAUGGAGGAGCGUCUGCUCAACCGCGGCAAGACCAGCGGCAGAGCCGAUGACAACGAGGAGAGCAUCCGCAAGCGUUUCAGAACCUUUGUCGAGACCAGCAUGCCUGUCGUCGAGUACUUUGACAAGGAUGGCCGUGUCGUCAAGAUCCAGGCUGUUCAGACCCCUGACGAGGUCUACGAGCACGUCAAGCUUGGUUUUGCUGAGCGUGGCAUCAAGCUUGUCUAG